AUGUCUGAAGCCGAUGCGCUCAUCAACUGGCUCAACACGUUCCCGCUGCCGAACCCGGUCGAGGGGGUGCAAGAGCUGGCGGCGGGUGUGGUGAUCAAUGCGGUUCUGUGCACGAUUGCGCCGAGCCAUUUCUCGUCGACGACAGUGGAUGCGAGCAUCAACGAGAGCAACUGGGUAAUGGCUGAAGGCAAUGUGCGCAAGCUGCUGGCGACGCUGGACGUGGCAUACCGUGAGCUGCUCAACAUCAACAUGUCUGGCGUCAUCGAGGCGGUGUCAGCCGAGGCUGUGGCGCGCGGCGAGGAUGAAGCAGCUACGGUGGCGCUGCUGGAGCUGGUCCUCGGGCUGGCCGUUCAAGUGGAGAACAAGCAAUCGUACAUUGCCGGCAUCAUGGGCAUGCCCAAAGAGUCGCAAGUCAUGCUGAUGAACGUCAUCAAGAGGAUUCUGGAGCAGUCGCGGCGGCUGUCGGGCGCAGGCGGCAGUGCGAGCUCGGCGGCAGCGGCUCCGGCGGCAGCGGCCCCGGCAGCGGGCGUUGAGGGUGGCGCGGUGAGCGAGGCCGAGGCGCGGCGGGUGUUCACACUCGAAAACGAGGUUGCCGACCUCAAGGACGCGCUCAGCCGGGCAAGCCGCGAGACAGAGUCUGCGCAGCUCAAGGCGGUGCAGGCACGGAAGGAGGCGGAAGAGCUGGCGCUGUUCAAGGAGCGUGCGACGGAGCAGGCGGCAUCGCUUCAGGCCACAAUCGAGGGCCUCCAGGCGCAGGUCAAGUCGACGAGCACGGCCGCGCAAGAGUCGCUCAAGGCUGAGGCGGCGCGGGCGCAGGCGCAGAUUCUGGCGGCAGACGAGAAGGCUGACAAGGCCGAGGCCGUUGCGCGCGAGAAGAGCGCCGAAGUCGAGGCGCUCAAGGCCAAGGUGGCAAGCCUUCGUGAGAUCGAGGAGGCGUACCACGAGCUGAAGGACGAGUCCGACGCGCUGCGGUCGAGCUCGCUUAAGGCUGACAAGCUUGAGCGGCAGCUGGCCAAGUACAAGGAGCGAAUCACGGCGCUGGGCGAUCUCAAGAAGCAGAUGGCGGAUAUGCAACAGGAGAACGACCGCAACGUGGAGAAGCUGGGUGAGGCCAAUGCGCGGGCGGCGCGGGCGACUCACCUCGAGUCGCAGAUUGCCGACUAUCGCGAGCAGGUGACUGCCGGCGAGGCGCGUGUCCACGCGCUCGAGCUCGAGAAUGAGCGGCUGGAGGCCAAGCUUGCCAAAGCCAAGGAGGCGGUGAAGGAGGCGGCGCAGGCCAACGAGCUGCUGCGAGCCCAGGUGGUAGCGGGCGGAAGCGCGGUUGGCGACGGUGACGGCGACGGCGAGCUGGUCAGCGCGGGCGUCUCGUCGGACCUUUUCACGGCUGACCUGCAGAACAAGCUGCGCAAGGCCGAGGAGGAGAACCGGAUGCUCAAGGCGGCAGCGGCGGGCGGGAGCAGCGGUGACAGCAGCUCGGCGCUGGCGUCGGUGCAGGAGGUUCUCGAGCGGGUGCAGCUCUCACGUGACUCGCUUCAGGAGCAGCUGACUGUGGCGACCAAGACGAUCCAUGCCCACGAAGACACCAUCGAGGAGCUCGAGGGCAAGCUCGCGGCGUCGUCGUCGGCCUCGCUGGGCUCUGAGCUCGAGGCUGGUAAGGCGCGGAUGGCGCUCGAGUCGCUGGCCAAGGCCGAGCGGGCGCUCGAGUCGCGCGAGGCCGAGCUGGCGACCGCGACCAAGGACGCCGCCGAGCUCCGGCGCGAGCUGGCGACGACCAAGGAGGCGCUGGAGCGGGUCCAACAGGAGAACGUCUCGCUCGAGUCGAAGCUCUCGUUGGUCGGUGCCGACUCUGCUGAGGCGCUGGAGAAGCUGCAGGCCCAGGCGCGCGAAGAGAUGGAGGCCGCGCUGGCCAUGGAGCGGUCGGCGGCGGCGGCGCAGCUGGACGACUACAAGACCGAGCUUGAGGCCGCCGAGGCCGAUGUGGCGCGGCUGGAGGGCCAAGUCAGCGAGCUGCAGGAAUCGCUGGCGGCGGCCGAGGCGAGCGCGGCCGAGGCGACGGCCGAGGUCAAGAGCCUCGGCGCCGACCUCAACGAGGUUCACAAGGCCAAGUCGGCGGUGACCGAGGAGAUGGUGGCGGCCAAGGAAAAGGUGGCGGCCAAGGACGCCGAGCUUGCCGAGCUGGCAGCAGCCAACGCCACGCUGCAGGGCAAGAUCGAGCUCCUCGAGCACACCACGUCGGCGUCGGCCGGCUCGUCGCAGGAGGCCGCGAUGCUGCGGGAUCAGGUGACGGCGCUGACACAGAAGGCCCACGCGCUCGAGCUGGAGAUUGCUGGCGCCAAGGCGGAGCUUGCGGCGGCGGACGUGCGUAACGAGGCGCUGCAAGACAAGCUGACAGCGUCGGCGGCGCAAGUCGAGCAGCUACAGGGCGUGGUCCGCGACGCCCAGACCGCAGCUGUUUCCGGGGCCGGGGCGCUUGGGUCGGAGGCCGCGGCCGCGCUGCAGACCACGGUCGCCUCGCUGCAGGCGCAGCUGGCGGACAAGACCAAGGAGGUCACGUUCUACAAGACGCAGUUCCACGAGAGCAAGGUGGUGUUUGCCCGCGAGAACCAGCUCAUCACCACUGCGUUCUACAAUCUCGGCCUCGAGCUGCAGCGGCUCAAGUCGCAGUCGCGGAUUGCGGCCGAGAGCUCGGACAAUGGGUGGCUCAACUCGCGGCGGUCGGCGGGGCGGUAAAGCAGAGCGAGAGCGA